AUGUUGUCAGUUCACGUAAGUGCUUCGGAUAAAGAAGAUGUCACCUUUAAUGAUUCUGAUCACAGCCUUGAUGACCUUCGAAGCGUUCAUUCUAAUAGUAAUGAAGAAGUUGUUACGUACCCAGAAUUUAAUGAUGAUGUAGAUAUGGUGGAUCCCGUGCUUGAGGUUGGACUGAAGUUUAGGUCCAAAAAGGAGGUAAAGGGUGUGGUUAAAAACUUCAGCAUUCACAAUAGAUUUGAGGUGGUCUUCCCGUAUAAUGAUAGAUGUAGAUUAGAAGGUUGUUGCAAAGAGAAAAAUUGUCCAUGGCGUAUUUGGGUUUCUCCGUUGGAGGAAGAUUCAUCGUGGCAGAUUAAAUUGUUCGAAUGGAAUCAUACCUAUAGUAGAGCAUUGAAGAAUAUAAGUGUAUCCGCUAGUUGUGCUUCGGAUAAAGAAGAUGUCACCUUUAAUGAUUCCGAUCACAACCUUGGUAAAGAAGACGACAUUUUCUUUCAGGAAAAUGUUACCCAGAAUAUUGAACUUGACAUAAGGAAUGAGAUAGUAUCGUUGGAAGCAGCAUAUGAAUCUGAAAAUUCUGAAUAUGACCCUCAGAUGACCUUCGAAGCGUUCAUUCUAAUACAAUUUGCCUAUUCACAACCGACUACUGUUGCUGGACUUGAACAAGGUGUAGCGCCGCAUUUUCUUUCCAAGCCUAAGCCAAGGCCAGGAGCCAGUGGAAGUUCAAACUCGACGCCAACUCUUAGCGAAGCAUGGAACAACUUGAUGACGAAAUGA